AUGGCGACUCCCUAUAAUGUGGCUGGGUCCAGCAGAAGCCUGCCAAACCCUACCCCUUGUUUGAGCUAUUGGCAACGAACCACGCGGGCCUUCCCGCAUCUGCAUGAGAAUAAACAAGCACAAGUACCAUCAAAGUCAAAAUAUGUUGUUGUUGGCUCCGGUAUCGCUGGCGGGUUGACUGCCUUUGAACUAAUCGAAGCAGGAGUCAACGCCGAGGAUAUUGUCAUCUUGGAAGCGCGCGAGGCAGGUAGUGGCGCAAGUUCGCGAAAUGCUGGGCAUGUCCGACCAGAUGCGUUCCGGGGCUUUAGUGCAUAUUCUAAAGUCCACGGAGAAGAGCAGGCUCUCAAGAUUAUCAAUAAUGAGCGACUUGUCCUCGAACGAGUAGACCAGUUUGUCAAAAAGCAUAACGUGCAGUGUGACUUUAAUUUGACCACAACAUUUGACGUCUGCAUGACCCCGGAGUUUGCUGACUACGAAGCGAAGAGCCUGGAAGCCUUCAGACAGGCAGGUGGUGAUACGUCACACAUCAAGUUUUACGAUGGAGAAGAGGCCCAGCAGAAAACCAGAAUUCCCGGAGCUGUAGCAGCAUACGAAUGGCCAGCCGGCUCCAGUCAUCCGGCCAAGCUGACACAAUUUCUGCUCCAGGCGGUCAUAUCCAAGGGUGCAAGGCUCUUCACGUUCUGCCCUGCCACUGAAGUCGUACAAAGGACCUUGGAUCCGGUCCUCUGGGAUGUGCACACUCCUCGUGGGACAAUAGCUGCAGAAAAAAUAAUACAUUGCACGAAUGCUCAUGCUGCCCAGUUACUGCCAGCCUUAGAUCCAUUCAUGCGACCGAAUCGUGGACAAGCCCAGUCUCUCGUGCCGGUCCCUGCUUUCUCAGGACGAGGUGGUCUACAAAGUACCUUUUCUCUACGAUAUAGUCUGCAUCACUUCUACUCCUUGAUCCAACGGCAAGGCGAUGGUACGUUAGUGCUAGGUGUUUCGAGGUCAAAUCCGACACUAAGCCCCGAGACAAUCGCCAGUCGCCUCAGUACGGACGAUUCUCAAUACAACGAGGAGAUUGUUGAGGAUGCAUUGCGAACUUUUGGUCAAAUUUUCCCGGACUAUACAUCCGAAACUGCAAUGCAUGGCGAAGGCUUAGACCAUGCUUGGACUGGAAUCAUCGGAAUGACGACGGAUUCGGUACCAUUUAUUGGCGCCAUUGAGUCUUUGCCUGGGCAAUAUAUCUGUGCAGGGUUCAACGGUCAUGGUAUGGCGCGCAUUUUCACCUGUGCCUCGGGUGUCGCUCAACUUGUGCUUGGGAAAAGCUGGAGUAAGACAGGAUUACCUGAAUGCUUCCAGUUUAGUGAUGAGAGGCUUUUGCGGCUUUCAAGCGGUGAUUUGCCUUCCAUUUGGUAG